CAUGUUUAUAUAUAAGGCCGUUUACCUGCUAGCAUUCUUAACUUGGGACCCGGCGACAUGGAGCUAACUGGUGAUGAUAAGCACAACAUGAAUGCACAGAUGUUAUCGGCAAAAAGGUUGUUGGGGAAAGUAGCAGUCAUAACUGGUGGUGCACGAGGGAUUGGAGCAGCCACAGCAAAACUAUUCGCGGAAAAUGGGGCUCAUGUCGUCGUUGCAGAUAUACUGGAUGAUCUGGGAGCCACUCUUGCUGAUUCUAUUGGAGGCCGCUACAUACACUGCGAUGUGGCCAAGGAAUCGGAUGUAGAAUCAGCCGUGAAGCUUGCAGUAACAUGGAAAGGCCAUCUAGACAUCAUGUUCAACAAUGCUGGCAUUUCAGGUCAUGAAUCACGUAGCAUAACCAAUCUCAACAUGGGCCACAUGAAGGUCCUACUUGACAUUAACCUCAACGGAAUUGUACAUGGAAUAAAGCAUGCUGCGCGAGCCAUGAUCCAGGGCGGCAGAAAAGGAAAAGGAGGCUCCAUCAUAUGCACCUCAAGCUCAGCAGCCAUUAUGGGAGGCCUCGGAUCUCACCCUUACACUCUGUCCAAAGAGGCUAUUCUUGGAGUAGCGAGGAGCAGUGCGUGUGAGUUGGGGGUUCACGGGAUUCGUGUGAACUGUGUUUCGCCUCAUGGUGUCCCCUCGGAGAUGCUAGUGAGCGCCUACCGGAGGUUCCUUGGAAAGAGGGAUGUGAGCACUGAAGAAGUGAGUCGCAUAGUGGGUGAAAGUGGGAGUCUGCUGCGUGGGAGGAGCGGAAGACUGGAAGAUGUUGCGCAAGCUGUCCUGUUUCUAGCCAGUGAUGAAGCUGGAUUCAUAACAGCACACAACCUUGUUGUUGAUGGGGGCUAUACUUCGGCUGCCACUCAUAUGAGUUUCAUCUACCAAGGCCAAUGAAUCUGCAAAUUAAUCAAGAAUCACAUAAAUACAUAAUACACUACUUCAGUACGCACCAUUGGAAGUCAUGAAUUCAGAGCUGAUCACUUAUGUUAAGAUGUUACACGCUUAGUUUGCAGACAUCAAUAAAAUGGUUAAUUACCACAUUUUCUCUGUUAUUAACUUCACAAUCUUUAUCAACUUGAUUUUCAAAUUAAGUUGUGUGCAAAAUUAGAAAAUGAUGGUUUAGAAGAAAGUGAGUUUGGAAAGAUGGUACAUUUUUAGUUCAGUGUUAAUCUCCGUGGGAGCAAUUUCAAUAUUCAACCCUUUGGGGUUUUAAUAAAAUCAAGAAGGAAAAGGGGAAAAAAAAGAAGAAGAAAG